CUCCACCCCACCUUUUCACUUCCAUCCAUCCUCUCUCCUCAAUCCUCACCUGCAACAUGAAGCUUCCUUCAAUGGCCACACUCCUCCUCUUCACCCUCUUCACCAUCUCCACCGUCUCCUCCGCCGUCGACAUGUCCAUCAUCCGUUACGACACCACCAACUGGCGCACUGACGAAGAAGUCAACGCUCUCUACGAGUCAUGGCUCGUGAAACAUGGGAAAACGUACAACGCUAUUGGAGAAAAAGACAAGAGGUUUGAGAUCUUUAAAGAUAACCUCCGUUUCAUCGAUGAACAUAAUUCUGGUGACCACUCCUAUAAGCUUGGACUCAACAAGUUUGCCGAUCUGACUAACGAAGAGUACCGUGCAACUUAUACUGGUGUCAAGAUUGUUGACAGUAAGAAGAAGUUGAACUCGGUUAAGAGUGAUCGGUAUGCUUUUCGGUUAGGUGAUUCCUUGCCGGAAUCAGUAGAUUGGAGAGAAUCUGGUGCUGUCACACAAGUCAAAGAUCAAGGAAGUUGUGGAAGUUGUUGGGCAUUUUCUGCCACGGGAUCGGUGGAAGGGAUCAACAAGAUCGUGACGGGUGAUCUGAUCUCAGUUUCUGAACAGGAGCUUGUUGAUUGUGAUACAUCCUACAAUGAAGGAUGUAAUGGUGGUCUUAUGGAUUACGCUUUUGAAUUUAUUAUAAAGAAUGGUGGGAUUGAUACCGAACAAGACUAUCCUUACACUGGUAGAGAUGGUAGAUGUGACGCUAACAAGAAAAACGCAAAGGUUGUUACCAUUGAUGGUUAUGAAGAUGUACCGGUUAAUGAUGAAUCGUCGCUCAAAAAGGCUGUUGUGAACCAACCUAUAGCGGUUGCUAUUGAAGCCGGUGGCAGGGAUUUCCAGUUUUACACUUCGGGUAUCUUCACUGGUUCAUGUGGAACAGCUUUGGAUCAUGGUGUGCUAGCUGUCGGGUACGGGACUGAAAAUGGUAAAGAUUAUUGGAUAGUGAAGAACUCAUGGGGUGCGGAAUGGGGAGAAUCUGGUUACUUGAAGAUGGAAAGAAACAUUAAGGACAAAACAGGAUUAUGCGGUAUUGCAAUGGAGGCAUCAUACCCCAUCAAGACCGGUGAUAACCCACCAAACCCUGGCCCAACUCCACCAUCUCCGGCUGCACCCGAAGUGGUAUGUGAUGCAUACAGCACGUGCCCUGAAAGCACAACCUGCUGCUGCAUUUAUGAGUACUAUGGCUACUGUUUCGCUUGGGGUUGCUGUCCGUUAGAGGGUGCGUCUUGCUGCGACGAUCACUACAGUUGUUGCCCACAUGAUUAUCCCAUUUGCAAUGUCCGACGUGGUACCUGCUCAAAGAGUAAGAACAGCCCAUUGGAAGUCAAUGCAAGCAAGAGGAUUCUUGCAACACCAACAAAGUUGAAGAGGAGCAGUGCCUAAGUUGAUGGUUUACACGAAAUCCGAUGUUACUUUCGUUCAUCGGAUUCGAUAUUUGUAAAUAUUGUUGAAGUAUUUCCUAUAUCACCAUUUGGAUUCCUGCUAUUUGAACAAUUUGCUAUUCUGGUUGCAAUCAUAAAUCUUGUUAUUGGAGUUGUUGUAUAGUACAUGUCAUUUGGUUUGAAAUUUGAUUCCAAGUUUCCAACUAUGUUGAUGAGAUGUGUUUUAUAAAUAGAUAUUUUAUCA